AUGGCUGCCAUUGGAUCCCUCGUCUUUUGCACUGACUGCGGAAACCUCUUGCCGGCUUCCAAAGGUAGCUCAAAGAAUAUCCUGCAGUGCGAGUGUUGCGGUGCUGAGAAUCAAGACACUGCUUCAAACACCAUUGUAACAAAAUCCAAACCUUCUGAUUUUCCCUCAUAUCUACGCCAGAAGCUGUCUACCACCCAGACUAUCAAGCGUCAUGAGGUGAAUACGGAGGCAACUACAGCUCAGACGUGUCCCAAGUGUGCAAGAACCGAGGUCAGGUUCUCGGCUGUUCAGCUUCGCAGCGCUGAUGAGGGAUCAACCAUCUUCUACACAUGUGAUUGUGGCUACAAAUGGAGCGAGAACAACUGA